AGCUUACCGAAUAAAAAACCAUGUCAGUUCAAGUGUCCAGGGCCGUCCCCCUCAAGGAACAAUCCGGCGAUGCUCCGCCUCCGGUCAACCGAAGUGGCUUCGAUUUGCGUACCGGAAUUUAUAGUUCGUUAUUUCAACUUACCGACCAUCUCAAAGUUCCCACUGAUCCUGACCUUGGGAUCGCUUCCUUUGUGCUAUCUCAGUUCCCUCAUCCUCAUGUUGCUGAAUCAAAACUUGCACUCAUUGAUUCAGCCACAAAUCAGCACCUCACGUACGCUCAACUUCAUCGGUCAAUCCGAUCGCUUGCCGGCGGUCUUUACCAUCUCGGAUUCCGCAAAGGCGAUGUCGUGUUCCUUUUGUCCCCUAACUCACUCUUGUACCCAACGAUAUGUCUUGCAGUAUUCUCAAUUGGUGCAAUCCUCUCAACUGCCAAUCCAAUCAAUACGUCUUCGGAGAUAGCUAAACAAGUGCUCGACUCCGGUGCUAAGCUCGUUAUCUCAGCCCCGGAGGAGUUACAUAAAUUCGAACGAAUUCAGGUUCCUACAAUGGUCACAUCUCGGCAAUCAAAAGAGGGUAAUUCAUUAUCUAUAGAAGAAUUAAUCGAACGCGGGGAUACACAUGAAGUACAUGAAAUUAAGAUUAAACAGUCGGAUACGGCGGCGGUAUUAUACUCUUCGGGUACUACCGGAACAAGCAAGGGCGUUAUAUUAACGCAUUCAAAUUUAAUAACAACGGCAAGACUUGUAAGAUGGUAUGCAGAAGAAACUUCGUCUGUAAACGAUGUGUUUUUGGGGUUCAUACCCUUUUUUCACAUAUACGGCCUCGUAUUUUUCGGGUACGGGCUAUCUUGUUGCGGUAUCACGACGGUGUUGAUGCAAAGAUUUGAUUUCCAGGAAAUGUUGAAGGCAAUUCAGGUUCAUAAAGUUAAUAACAUCGCUGCCGUACCCCCGGUGGUGCUUGGUUUAGUGAAAAACUGCAAAAGCAAUGAUAGCUUGUCAAGCGUGAGAAGGAUUGGGUCAGGAGCUGCACCGUUAAGCAAGGAAUUGAGUGAAGCAUUCAGGGCUCAGUUUCCAUGGGUGGAGCUGAGGCAAGGAUACGGGCUAACCGAGAGCUGCGGUGCUGCGACGGUGUUCGUGUCGGACGAAAUGGCGAAAGCUCAUCCAGGGUCAUGUGGGUCGCUGCUGCCGACUUUUAGUGCGAAGGUGGUGGAUAUGGAAACAGGCUUGGCUUUGCCACCCUACAAAGAAGGAGAGCUAUGGUUAAAAGGGCCUACAAUCAUGAAAGGGUACUUAGGAAAUGAGGAAGCAACGGCUGCAACUUUAGACAAAGAUGGGUGGCUUAAAACUGGGGAUCUUGGUUAUUUUGAUGAGGAUGGGUUGCUUUACAUUGUUGAUAGGGUAAAGGAGCUUAUCAAGCACAAUGGGUAUCAGGUUGCACCAGCAGAACUGGAGGCACUGCUUUUAAGCCACCCCAACAUCCUGGAUGCAGCAGUUAUACCGGUUGAAGAUGAAGAGUCAGGGCAGAUACCAAUGGCGUAUGUGGUAAAAGCAGUUGAUUCUGAGCUCACUCAUGAACAAGUCAUUCAAUUUGUAGCUGCCCAGGUGGCUCCUUACAAGAAAGUGAGGAGAGUGGAAUUUAUAGAUGUAAUCCCAAAGUCAGCAGCUGGCAAAAUCCUGAGGAAGCAGCUGAUUUUACAAACCCAACGCCCUAUUCUCUCCAAGUUGUAACUUUUAUAUGUUCUACUAAUUCAUGCCUUGUGAGAGAAUAAUUGAAUAAUUUCAUUAUCGAACAAUUAUUUCA